CAAACUUUCAAAGCCUCUCAAGCUCCUUCCCCUUCACCUCCCCCUCCUAGAUUUCAUCAUGGGGUUGGUCUCCUGGUUCUGCUCCUCAAUGCCUGCUCUAUAUCUCCUCCAGGUCCAAACCCCAUAUACCCUCUAACACUAUUUACCUACCUCUCCAAUCCUUUUCCUCCAUUCCAUCAUGAAAUUCCCAUUUCUCAACCAAAUCCCACCCCAAGAUUCCACAUGAAAAUCCCACUCUCUUAAACAAAAAUCCAGAUGCAAAUCUCCUGACCCAGUUCCACAAAUCCCAUCUUGAAAGACUUGAGCUCACUUUCUGGAAAUGACGAAAUCUACAGUGACCCAGAAUGGUUCCAACCCACAGAGCUUCAAGAUCUGCAGGCUCUACUUCUGGCCACAUUUAGCAACACCCACAAACCCUCUCAACGACUUCUUCAUCCUCCCAAUGAAGCUCUCUGUUCGACCACUCUUCAGCCUCCUCCUCCUCAUUGUCUUCGCUGCCACUCUGAGCUGCCGGACCGCAGUCCGGCACAGCCUGAGCUUGAUAGAGUUUGAAAAGAAGGCACUCCUUCCGCCGCCGAAGCCGGUGUUCAAUGCUACUCUGCUGAGAUUCGCUGCUGACGACGUGGGUGGAGCUCAGGCCAAGAAAGAAGUAGAGCAACUUCUGGAUGGCAACUUUGCUAGUCUUGGCCGGUACCGGGGUUUCGCUAGUUGGAGAAGGUUUAAUCACCAUGAUGUCAGAGCAAGGACCUCUGCAGGGUAUCCGGUAAUGCUCCGUUCUCCUCAGUUCUAUCGUUAUUGGUUGGAGUUUCGGAGAUUGUUGAGUGAUUGGUCUAGAAACAGGAGGUUUGAGCCUGAUGUUAUGUUGGAUUUGGUUAGACUUGUGAAGGACCCGAUUGAUGGGAGGAAUGGGAGUGUGGGAGGUUCGGAACAGAGGCGUUACGAGUCUUGUGCUGUGGUUGGGAAUAGUGGGAUUUUGUUGAAGAGUAAUCAUGGUGCUUUGAUUGAUAGUCAUGAAGUAGUUAUUAGAUUGAAUAAUGCGAGGAUAGCGAGCUUUGAGGACAAAGUUGGGUCAAAAACGAACAUUUCAUUUGUAAAUAGUAACAUUUUGCAUCUUUGUGCUAGGAGAAAUGGUUGUUUUUGCCACCCUUAUGGACAGAAUGUGCCUAUAAUUAUGUACAUUUGUCAACCGGUGCAUUUCUUCGAUUACACAAUAUGCAAUGUGUCUCAUAAAGCACCUUUGCUCGUGACUGAUCUUCGGUUUGAUGUGUUGACUGCAAGGAUUGUGAAGUAUUAUUCGUUGAAACGGUUUGGGGAGGAGACGGGGAAGUCAUUCGAUGAAUGGGGGGCUGCUCAUGAUGCUGCUAUGUUCCAUUACUCUUCUGGUAUGCAAGCAAUUAUGCUUGCCUUAGGGAUUUGUGACAAAGUUAGUGUAUUUGGCUUUGGGAAGUCAGAGUCAGCUAAACACCAUUACCAUACGAAUCAGAAGGCUGAGCUUCGAUUGCAUGACUAUGAGGCUGAAUAUGCUUUCUACCAUGAUUUAGUGGAGAGACCACAGCCCCUUUUAGUUACGAGGCCCCUGCUGGGUUCUUAGCUGCAGGGUGGACUCUGUUGUGGGAAUGUUUGUUGUAUUACCUAAUGAUUCUGUGGCUUCUCCAUGUUCAAGAGCUUCCUGUAGGGACAAUUGGUCUAACAUUACAAAACGUGCGUGUGGAUAGUCCAUGAGAGCAUAUAGUGUAUGGAAAAGCAGAGUUACAAUGGCGGCUGUCAAGGCUGAAUUACAAGUUUGGGAUGCGGUCUCUUAUACUCUUUAAGAGAAAGAGGUUGAUAAAGUUUGGGAUUAUACUAGGAACUCAAUAGAGUAUAUGGAUGUGUCUGCAACUGCAAUGUAAGGUUGGAAUCAUUGUAGAAUCCCAUUAAGAAUUUUAAUCCCGUAUCGCUAUGUGUACUAGGAUGGUCAUCUAUCGAACUCCCUCACCGGUAGUCAUGACAGGAGCAUUUUCAGCUCCAUGAUUUUGAGAUACCUGGCAUAUCUAACAGUCUCGUGAUUCUAUGGGCAUGAACGCGGACAGGUAUU